AAAAUGGAUAAAGAAAACUGUUCUUCCUUGCCAGACUUUUUUCUUUUGGGAAUUAGUAGUAAGUAUGAUGUAAAAGUGGUUUUAUUUGUGGUGUUUCUGGUUGUUUAUCUCACUACUCUUCUGGAAAACGUGGGAAUGAUCACAUUGAUCAGAAUGGAUCCCCAGCUACACACACCAAUGUACUUCUUCCUCAGCCACCUCUCUUUCUCUGAUCUCUGCUAUUCCACUGCAGUUGGACCCAGAAUGCUGGUAGACCUAGUAGCCGAGAAACAUUCAAUUCCCUUUAUUGGCUGUUUUCUGCAGCUCUUGUUUGUCUGUAUCUUUAUAGAUGUUGAAUGCAUGCUGUUGGCAGUGAUGGCUUUUGAUAGAUACAAGGCCAUCAGCAAACCCCUUCUGUAUGCUGUGGACAUGUCCAGCAAGGUGUGCUACCAGUUCUUAAUUUUAAUUUACCUUGCAAGUACUGUAGAUGGUUUGAUACAUACAACACUGGCAUUUAGUUUAUGUUUUUGUGGCUCUACUCAGAUCAAUCAUUUUUUCUGUGAUUUACCACCAUUAUACCUCCUCUCCUGUUCUGACACACAAGCAAAUGAGCUGGUUGUAUUUUCUCUUUUUGGCUUUAUUGAACUGAGCACCAUCUCAAGUGUCCUGGUCUCUUAUUGUUACAUUAUCUCAUCAGUCUUAAAGAUCAGCUCUGCUGGAGGACGCUUCAAAGCUUUUUCCACCUGUGCCUCUCACCUGACUGCAGUUGGGAUUUUGCAAGGGACCAUACUCUUCAUGUAUUUCAGACCAAGUUCUGCCUAUUCUCUAGACCAAGAUAAAAUGACAUCAGUUUUUUAUCUCCUUAUUAUCCCAAUGAUUAAUCCUCUGAUUUACAGUCUACGGAAUAAGGAUGUGAAAGAGGCUCUGAUUAGACUCAGAAAUAAAAAUUGGUUUUAA